UGCUACUUCAGCCUUGCUUCUCUUUCCGCUCCAUGCUCAGCCACCGAACUCUUACCAGCAAACACAGAUUUCUUCAGAGCAUACAUACCUCACGUUUUCCAACUAGAACACACCUUCCUCCGCGAAACGACUUCGCCUCCUCUUUCCUCGCCCGCAUACUCGUUAGAUCGGAUCGAGGAACCAGUCGCCUGCAGGCUCCCGUCGCGAACAUGGAUGACUUUGACAUUGAGAUGGGCGACGCCGUCGACGUGCCAAUGGAGGAGCACGAGGUCGCAGACAUAUUGGUCGGCGACGAUCAACAGGAGGACGGCGAGGUCGAGGAGCCCGUCGCGAACGGGCCGACGGGCGACGAUUCCCCAACCGUUCAACCAAACAAGAUUCACAUCCGUGGCCUCGAGGUGCUAGACGAGACGCAACUUAAGCAGUACGUCUCCGCAAACGUCGGAGGCAAGGGCGCCGAUCGCAUCGAGUGGGUGGACGACUCCUCAGCCAACCUCGUCUUCAACUCCGAAUCCGCCGCCCAGGACGCACUGAAGCUCCUCGCGGCCGUCGACAUCCUGGACGUGACCCAGCUCCCGCCCCUCGAGGUCCUGCCCGCCAAGCCAGUCGCCGAGAGGCCAGAGGUCGCGCUGCAGGUGCGCUUCGCCGUGGAGUCCGAUAGGAAGGUCAAGGGCGCGGCGCAGAGGAGCAGGUUCUACCUCUUCCACCCGGAGUGGGACCCGGAGACCGAGGAGGGCAAGCGCAGGCGCGAGGGUAGGGACAGGAGAUACCGCGACCGGGAGGACAGGGGAGGGUACCGACGAAACGGCAGGGGCAGGUACGACGACCGCAACGAGGAGGAGCCUGAGACGUUCGACGUCAACCUCUACGAUGACGAUACGGGGGCGCUCGCUCGACGUGUGACCCCGAGGGGAGGCCGACGGCGCGAUUCACGAUCACCGUCAGACCCAGAAGACUCAGACCGGCGCAGACCGCUCAACGCCGGCAAGGAGCUCUUCCCCAACAGGGCCGGUAAGGAGCUGUUCCCCAACAAGGCCGGCAAGGAGCUAUUCCCCAACAAGGUCGGGAAGGAGCUCUUCCCCAACCACAAGCCUCGCGAUUCUCUCCGUUCAGAGCGGGGAGCAUCUUCUCGCGAUCGAUCCCGGUCUCCGGCGCGUGACGAGCGGGACGCGAUGAUGGAUGAUCUCGCAAAGGACAGGGAGGUCCAGCGCAAUCGUGAAAUGGCGCAGUCACUCAAGGAGCGCAUCUCCAGGCCCACCAGCGGCGCCAGAGAACUGUUCCCCAACAGGGCAUCAAGUGGGAGCAAGGCACAGAUGGACCAAGUGCCCUCAGAUCUGCUAGCUGAUCGCGUAACAGACCCCAGCAACGGCAUCUCGAUCAAGGGCAUGGCCGCGUCGCAGGGCAUCUCGAUCAAGGGCGCCGCGGGCAAGAAGGAACUGUUCCCGGAGAAGCUCGGCGGCGGCAACGCCGGGAAGGAGCUGUUUGCUGGUAAGCUCGAGGGCCGGGGGCGCAGGCGCCAGAAGGCUGAAGACUUGUACUUCUGAGUGCACGCUUGACGAGAACAUAUCCCAAGAGAUAUGGUGAGUAUGCCCUCCCAUGUCUGGGGUUGUUGGAGAGCUCAUGGCGAUUCCCCGCGCGCUGUUCACCGCGCAAUGAAGAGGAGGCGUGGCUGGCUGGGCAGGCCGGGAUACACCCGGGGGGGUGGGGGGUUUGCGGCGCGAGGCACAGAUGCUGGUCGCUUGCCGCGAGGCUCAAGGGGCCUGGCGGUUCUGGGCAGGGAGACCCAUAGGGCAACUCAGAUUGAUCGAGUUGCCUGUGUGUCUUGGAGCACUGAACACCACGCUCUAGUACUCCUCAAGUCUGGGCAUGGAACAACGACUACCAGCCCGUUCGAAAGUCGACCCGGUGGGAGGCAGUAUGAGGAGGCAAUGGCGGUAAACACAUUUACAAUUGCUAUAGUGCCGCUUCUAUGUGGAGGGAAUGGCUCGGGCUCUUGAUAGAUACAAUUCCAACGGUAGAUGCUCCUGGGCGUUCUUCAACCACCAAAUAUGUCGGCUUUCUCUUCGGCAGCAGUUGCACAGCUUGAUGGGCCGCUUGGUCAAGACUCGUGAGUACAAGGCUAAUGUAACCUGCAGCCUUGGAGAACGUCCCGCCUGAGUUCCCAGGUCGUGCCAAUGGUGUUGGUUGACACCAGUCAGUAAUUCACCCUGUAGAAGGAAGGCGCUGGGCGGGAGCGCGGCUGCCAGGUGCUCGUGGAUGCCACCGCGUCGACGACAUAGUCUCUUAACCAAGGAGCAAAAGCUCCGUGCUAUCAGCUUCAUCCAUCCUGUAACGGCAAGAAGGUAUACGCAUGACUGAAGCUGUUGUCGCAGUUGGUUCUGCGACUUCUCACCGAAGACCCACAGCAGCCCUUUCACUUGUCCCAGUCCCAGCAAACAUAACCAGUUCUUUGCGAGAUUCAGUGUGUUGUGGUGACUGGUGUUGCGCCUCCAGCCCCGUACUUUCACUGGUUUCCCAAAAACAUCAUCACUUCACUUACGGUAUCCUACGCUCGAGGUCCAACCUCCUUCGAACCCAACCCACAGCCGCCCUUCCUGUUAUCGUCUUGAUCCUUUUGACAACCUUCUCUGGCAAACACCUUUCUGGUCGAGCAAUACCCCAACUUGAAUUGACACUUCACUCUUCCUCCUUUCGAGGCGUACCUAUCACUCUUCGACUGCAGUUUACUACUCUCGCGCCACAAGUUGAGGGUGGACAACGCGACCAGGCGACGCCCUACUUGCACUUUGGCACUCCCAGUCCCAGCGACACUGAUUCCAAGCCCAAGUAUCUUUGUCGCACAGUUUCCCUUCACCAUUUCACAGGCAAGCAGACACUCGGCGCCGUUCUGUGUGUGCGUUGGUCGACUCGUCGCCCUGGCCCUUCCUGAAGCCCGUUUGCCCUCAAACAUCGACGCCUCCGUCCACCUGCGAUUCUCUUUCGCAACUGUCGGUAUUUCUGCGUCGCAUCGACAAUCUAGCAAAUCCACUUUGUAUCAGCGGGAUCACUAAUGCACUGAUUCGCUUGCCGCUUGCCGC